AUGGCGGCGGUCGAGGUGGCGUGGGAGACGCUCGGCCUCAGAUGUCGCCGAUCGGUCCCCGCCGCGGGCUGCGCCUCCUCAGCGCGGCUCGGAGCGGCCCCGGCGUCCUCCGCGGCGCGCUCCAGGAGCCCGUGGCUGAGGAGGGAGCGCGGGCUGAGGGGACGCUUCCCUUUCUCUCCCAGCCGGCCCCCGGCUUCUCCCUCCGCCAGCUUCGCAGCUCCCAGCCCCCGGGGGGAACGCGAAAGUAAGGAUGGGGCCGGGGCCGGGGCCGUGGCUUCCGGUCUUCCCUCCUCCCUAAUCCGCUCCCCGCCGCUCAGGCGGAGCCUCCACCCGCCUCGACUGCCGCCGGGCGGGAUCGGAUCCCUCAGCCAAGAGCUCCCGCCCCCUCGCCGAGAUUCCGCUUCCUAUUGGCGAGGGAAAAGUCGAUCUGCUGUCCCAUUGGAUGGAGGGGCCGUUCGUCAGAAUCCCGCCUGGAUUCCUCGCCAGGCUUCGAGUCCGGACGGCGCAACGCCCGCUGCGCGCGACUCUGCAGCGGUUGCGGCCCCGCGGCGGUUGGCGCUGUUAGGCCCUCGCUUCAGGCGACGCGCCCGGUGCCUCUGGGCGAGCGGCAGAGCGUUCGAAUCCCAGUUCCAAGUGUUCCUGCACACGGUACAGCAACUGUGUGAGAGGCCACUGGCAUACACCGACAAAACUGAAAGCUAGAAAUUGAGUUUGAAAAUUAAGAUAAAGUCGAAGUGUACCGAAGAUGUAUCAAAGGAGUUGCGGAGCUGGGGGCAGAGGAAAAGUCACCAGCGAAAACCAGGGCCUUGAGGAAAGAGGCGGCAGUAAGAGACGGUGCACCGGUUCUGCUUCAAGUCUUUCUGUGGGAUUCAGAUGCCCCCCUUCGAGCAAAUAAAAUAUGCAAAAAAAAAUUGUUCUGCAAUCAAAUUUAGGUACAGGGGUUUAAAACCUGAAGUCUAAAAAGCCUAGAUUUGGGCCUGGAGAGAUGACUCAGCAGUUAAGAGUACUGGCUGCUCUUCCAGAGGAACCAGGUUGGAUUCCCAGCAGCCACGGAGUGGUUCACAACCAUCCUUUACUCCAUACCUGGGGAUCUGAUGCCCUAUUCUGGCUCCUUUGUAGGCAUCACAAACCCAUGUGGUACACGGACAUACAUUCAGGCAAAACACACAUAAAAUCAAAUGACUACAUCCAAAAAAAAAAAAGCGUACGUUUAAAAGCCAGGUUAUCUUUAGCAUUCUUUGUCCCUGUUUAAGUAUGUAUAUAAAUCUGUAAGUAUGAAUUUCAUUUUGGAAACUGGAUGUGAUGGUCUGAAUGAAAAUGGCCCACAUAGGCUUAGAGGGAGUGGUAUUCUUUGAAGGAUUAGGACCUGUGGCCUUGUUGAAGGAAAUGUGUCACUGGGGUGAGUGGGCUUUUGAAGUUUCAGGACAUCAAGCCAGGCCCAGUGGCUCCCUCUCCCUGCUGCCUCCAGAUGGACAUGUAAGACUCGGAGUUACUUCUCCAACACCACUCUGCCUGAAUGCUGUCAUGCUUCCUGUGAUGAUAAUGGAUUAAGCCUGUGAAUUUGUGAGCC